GUUUUAGACAACCGAAGCGGCCCUGCCUUAUUCUUCCAUCGGGGUCUGGAAGCGAAAGCGGUUGUAUGCUUGCUGAGCGGGAGAAGAGUGGAAGGUGGGCCACUGAUCUCGCCUGCUCUCAGUGUUUGGGAGCCAUUGGCAUUUGAUGGAACAAGCCUUUGCCUGGACAUGCAGUGUUCUGCUAAAAGUAUAAGCAAUGAGUGACUUUGAAUUCAUCUUUUGCAGAUGGCAUGAUCGACUGUGGCCUGCAAGAUUUCAAAAUAACAAAAAAGGAAAAGGGCCCGAAGCAAAAGUUUGGGCACCCUGCAUGGUCAGUACAGGUUUCCCCCGCCAUCCGAAGAUACUGUUGAAGUCUGGUAUUUAUCCCAGUGAAACGCCCAAGACAAAUUCAGACUGUUUAGAUGUCCAAAUAAUAUGCUUGGAUAAACGUUUGUAUUUGAGGUUGAGGGUUAAGCGCACUGACACAAGACCAUUUGAGGAAGAACAAGUCAAAAGCAUUAGCGGUGGAUUGGUGUAUAGAGAAGACUCUACUCAUGAAGAAAUUUUGGAGGAACUGACUUACAGGAAAGCACUUCGAAUCGGCUUGGACAUUUUAGCAGGCCAGGAUUCCGAUACCACUCAAAUGACUAUAAGCAAACCUGUAAUGGCAAAGACUGGGGUACUUGCUUCAGAAGAGUUUAAAACGAGCGGGUGUGCUUUAAGUUCUAAUGGAACAAACAGAACAUUGAAGCCAAAUGGAGUGCAUUUGCUUCAAGAACAAGGAAGCACAUGCACUCGACAAAGUAGCAGGAGAGCAUCUUGUAUUAAAAAAAUGCCAGAAAAUGAACAACGAAAAACAUGGACUAGGUCAUGUACAUUACUGCAGUCUUCAAUUAAAAUGAAAAACGUGUCGGGAAAGGAAGAAGGUGGUAUUGUGGGGAAAAGAAAAAGGGGGAGAAUGAAAAAAGAUCUUUGUCACCCCCAGAAAGAUGCUUCAGAGUUUAGUCCCACACAAUGUAACCAGUCGAUACAACCAAUGAAAUCAAUACCUACUGAAAAAAAUAAAUAUUGCAGUAAAAAAUGUGAGAGGUCACGAGAAAAGGGAAAGUCUUCAUCCCAAGCCUGUAGUUCUACAAUCUCUGGAGUAAAGAAAGAUCAAAAUGGAACAUUUAAAAAGAAUAAACAGAAGUCAAGGGAUUUUUGCAAGUCUCUCUGUGAAGGAGUUUCAAAUUCUUUUUCAGCUAAUUGUGACUCUCAAGAGGUUUGCACAUCUGACAUUCCUCAUAGUUGUCUAGAAUCUACUCCAAGACACAGGACUUGUGGCAAUAUUGGGUCAUAUAAAUGUUCACCACUUUUAAGCAGCUGUCAAAACAUUGAGUCUGAAAAGAAAAGUGAUUGGAUACAAGCUCAUGAGGUAGAAAAGCAUAAAAGGAAAAAAGGAAAGAAGUGUACGGAACCUAUGGAAUGCCUUAAUACUAGCAAGACUUCAGCUGAUUUAGAUGCUAACGUAAACUCAAGCAACCAGUCAAAUGUAGUGAGCCUUGCACAACCAGAGAGUCCAGAACAACAUUUGCGGAGCUCUAUAUUUGAGUUUGCACUGGAUGAGAAAGUGAGCCCUAUAAGUGGAUGUAACCAGAAGAACAGUAGUUUAGACAGUCCUCAGACAACCUGUCCUACUGCCAUAACUGUGGAGGGAGCAUUAAGCCCUUUAAACAUUAGGGAAGAGGAGGAAAAUUUAUCCACUGCAGUGCUUGAAACUUGCCUUGGGUCAUCAUCAUUUGGAGUUGAAGUGGGAACACAAUCAUCCUCUUCGUUAUCUAUAGAGUUCAGUUCAAUGGACACCCUUUCUACAAGCAAAUUCACAGAAGGGAUUAUAGAGGAGAGAGAUGAGGAAGAUGAUGAGAACCUUCCGAGCAUCCUGUCACACCAAGAGCAAUGGUCAGUCGCUGAGGGGAUGUUGGUGUGGUGUAAAUUCCAAAAGUACCCAAACUGGCCUGCAGUGGUAAGAAGUGUAAAAUCCAGGAUUAAAAAGGCCAGUAUAUUGUUUGUAGAUGAAAAUAUAAUCAACGCAGAAAGGCACAAAAAAGGCUUCUGUGUCUCCAUAAGAACUCUAAAGCCAUUUGAUUGUGAGGAUCGACAAAAAUAUACAGCUGCAGCAAGGCAUAUUUACAAUGAUUCAAUUGAUUGGUGUGUAGCUCUUAUUGAUGACUAUCGAAUUAGAAGAGGCUGUGGGUCCUUCACGGGUUCUUUUGUUGAAUAUUGCACAGCUGAACUCAGUAUCCCAGUACGAAAAUCAUUUGCACAAGAUCCUUCAUUAAUGACUUUCCCAUCCAAUUCAAUUGCGAGUCAGGUGGAAGGCCAUUCUGAUUGUGAAUAUGAGACAACACCAACCAAACACCAGCCUGCCAAGAAGCUGCUCCCUGAUAGGAAGAAAGCUGCCAGGGAUCGAGCAAAUGAAAAACUUGUGCAAUUCAUUGUCAAGGCCAAGGGCGUGGAGAAGCAUCUUCAAGAUGUAAUUAAGGGAAAAAGGCAUUCCAAGUGGCUUGAGGAGUUCAAAACCCGUACCCGCAACUCGAGUGUUAUUGACACCUACCUUGAAGAUGACUGGCAGGUGGAUAAAGUGAUGAACUACUUAAAAAGUGUAUAUGAAAGGAAUAUAAGCACCCAGCCGUUGGUAGACUAUGAGAGGUGUAGGUUUAUCCUGGAUGUUCUCUUACCAGAGGCCAUUAUCUGUGCUAUUGCAGAGGUUGAACAAAUGACCAUCAAGAAAGCAGAGGAAAAGUACAUGAAAGGACCUCUUCACAGUGAAAGGGAAGUUGAACAUUUUAAUAAGGAGAUUGAAAAUGAAAUGAUGCUGAGGCAACAGCAUUUGAAUGAGGAGGAAUCCACAAGCUAAACCUUUCAUUCUUGAAAUGAACUUAAAAUAUGUGUAUGAAAUUGAAUGAAAUCCAUAUUUUUGCAUCAUAUUAAUGUGUUCUUUAAUAGUAAGAUGUUCUAUUAAAAAUGUGUUUCUUAUAAAUUGAUUAAACCAAGGGUGUACAGCUAUCUUGAAUUAAAAUAUUUAAAUAUCCUAUCAGAAGAGGGUUGAUGAUCAAAAAGGGUCAAGUACUUUUGGGUUUGAAUUUAUUUUUUAUUAAGUGAAAAGCCAUAUGACUUCACAAAGUUUGGUCUUUGAGUGCAUUAUAUACUGUUUUUCCCCCAGUCUGAGUCAUUCGCCAUUUGUGAAUUGAUUUAUUUGCUUUUGAGUUCCAUUAAUAUUUGUCCCUGGACUAAACUGUAAUGCUGGUCACUGUAUGCAAAAUCUACAGGAGGACCAUACAUUGACAAAUCUUACAUUUGGAGAUAUUUUUGGUACAUUUUCUUUUUAUCUUGUUUAUACAGUGGCAGUUGAACACCAUA